AUGGCUACCAAGGGCAAUUCGUUGCGGGACCGUCAGAUAGCGUCUCUCAAGAAGAUCCUCAACCUCAACGAAACGGUGGAAUCAAACGAGGCGACUGAACAUGCCAGCGCACUACAUGCGCCUGUUGCUCCUAUACUCGACGUUGAUGGCAAUCCGAUAUGGAAAGUGCUCGUCUUCGAUGACCUUGGCCGGGACGUCAUUAGUAGCGUCAUGCGCGUGAGCGACUUACGGUCCAUGGGCAUUACCAUGCACAUGCACAUUGGAGCUUCGCGACACCCCAUUCCCGACGUCCCUGUCAUAUAUCUUGUCGAACCGAACUCUCAGAACAUUCAAGCAAUCACAGGCGACCUCCAGAAAGGCCUCUACUCUCCUGCUUACAUCAACUUCCUAUCCUCGCUGCCCCGAGUAUUACUGGAAGAUUUCGCAACACAAACAGCAACAGCUGGCACAUCCGAAAAGAUUGCUCAGUUGUUUGAUCAGUAUCUCAACUUCAUAGUCGCAGAGCCAGACCUCUUCAGUCUUGGUAUGCAAAAGGCCCACACUUACUGGGCCUUGAACAGCGCAAAGACACGCGAUGAGGAGCUCGAAGCCGUGGUGGACAGGGUAGUGAGCGGUCUUUUCAGUGUCGUUGUGACUAUGGGGGCUAUCCCCAUCAUCCGAUGUCCCAAGGGCGCAGCUGCUGAGAUGGUAGCUGCUCGCCUCGACCGCAAGCUUCGAGACCAUAUCCUUAAUUCAAAAGACAACCUAUUUUCCACCGCAAGACCAGCCGUCUCCGGUACGCCGAGUUCGCGUCCGGUCCUGAUCCUGCUGGAUCGAAACGUCGACUUGACUCCUAUGCUGUCACACUCAUGGACUUAUCAAUCUCUCGUCCAUGACGUGCUGGAUAUGAAACUAAAUAGAAUCACCAUCGAGGCACCUGUGGACGAGAGCAAUCCUUCCAAAGGGACCACGAGGAAGGCAUACGACUUGGGCGCAAACGACUUUUUCUGGGCCAAGAAUGCUGGAGUCCCAUUCCCUCAGGUGGCAGAAGACAUUGAUGCCGAACUGACCAAAUAUAAGGAAGACACGGCGGCUAUCACGAGGAAGACCGGAGUCUCGGAUUUGGAGGAUCUCCAAAAUGACACUAGUGCAAGCGCCCAACACCUCAAGGCUGCUAUAACGCUGCUCCCUGAGAUGCGAGAGCGAAAAGGCAUUCUUGACAUGCACAUGAACAUUUUAGCCGCACUGCUGUCUGGCAUCAAAGACCGACAAUUGGACAAUUAUUUUCAGCUCGAAGAAACAAUAAUGAAGCAAAGCAAAGCCCAAAUACUAGAGAUUAUCAGGGACGACAACAAGGGCAAAGAACCUGCCGAUAAGCUCCGACUUUUCAUCAUUUGGUUCUUGAGCACGGAGCAGGAGGUUAGUCGGGCUGACUUUCAAAGCCUCUGCAAGGCUCUUGAAGCAGUCGGGGCGGACAUAACUUGUCUCCCGUACAUCCGACAGGUUCGUGCCACCACCAAGAUGACACAACUGACGACGAUAGACAACACCAAUCAGCAAGCACCGUCGUCUGAUCUGUUCGGCCGUUUCUCGUUCAUUUCCACGCGCCUGGCAGACAGACUCAAGGAGACCGGCGUUCCUUCCGGAUUGUCCUCCAACUUUGAGUCUCUGAUAUCGGGCGUCAAGAACUUCUUGCCAGCCGACCGGGACCUCACAGUAACCAAGGUUGUCGAAUCCAUCAUGGACCCAUCCAGCGCGUCAUCAUCUGCGAUAGCAAAGACGGAAAAUUACUUGUACUUUGAUCCCCGCUCAGCCAAUGCUCGUGGGACCAUGCCGCCGCCGAGCGCAGUGCGUUCGGGUGGUGCAGCCAACGCGCCGGGUGGCAUGCCCGGUGCAGCAGGUCAAGGGCAGCCAGCAACAUUUGGACAACGAAGGCAGGGCUUCACAGAGGCAGUGGUGUUCACGGUGGGCGGCGGCAGCAUUGAUGAAUACGGCAAUCUGCAGGAAUGGGUAGCGCGAACCAAGGACCGGGGCAAGAAGCGGGUUGUGUACGGCAGCACGGAGUUGCUCAAUGCCGGCACAUUUAUCAAGGAUGAGUUGGAGAGGCUAGGCCACGAAGUCGCAUCAUGA